UAUUAGAACGACAGCAUGAACUUUCACUGUCAGUCGUGUGUAUCGUGUGUGUGUAUAUUAAUAAGAAUGAGCUGGACUUAUUCUCGAAAGGCGAAGAUCAGUUCUUCCAUACACAUGUGGUAUUUGUAUCCUUGUUACUAUCAUUAUUUUUUAAACUGAUUACUAGGCCUAUUCGUAGCUCUAUAUCAAGGACUUUAUUACAUCACGUGAUUAUCAUAACACACCAAUGGUGACUGUAUUAAAAACCACGUUAGGAGUUCCUUAUUUCCAGCUUGCUCAUCCGAUUCAUUUAAAAUUACUAUUAUCUUAACGAGGACAAAUGCUCACAGCAGAGCUACUCCAGCACGGUGAGAUAUUUAUUCUCCAUGACAGGUGACGUCAUCUCCCCACAAGGUACCGAAUUUUGCAUCUUUAAAAAAGCAACAGUAUUCUCAAUUCGUCUUAAAUGAGAUUCGGCCAACCGGUAAAAACCUUCAAAACGAUAGCUCAUCGGUUUUUCAAUAUGCGUGUAACUUAUGUACUUGUUAUAAUUCUAACAUUCACCAUCUGUUCCGAAUGUAUGAUGUGUUUUUGUGGUAAAACACUUAAAGAGAAAAGGAAACUUUGUGAAGGCUCACCGACUUCGUCAAGCCAGUGUCCUUUUGGAACCAAUCUGGUACCUGACGCUUGUGGGUGCUGUCAAGAAUGUUCGAAGGUGGAAGGUGAGCGAUGUGGCGGCAUGAUGAGUGCAAUGGGGAAAUGCUCCAAUGGCCUGAUUUGCAGUUGUCAGGAACUUUCCAAAAUAGGUGUAUGCAGAACACCAGCAAGAUGCGAUGUCCUAAUCAAGAAGGGACCAAGAGGACGUAUCGAUGCAGAAUUCGAUAGCAGUCAUGAGAAGUGUUACUACAAAUUAAGAGCGCCCUCAGAUCACGUAAUCCGAUUGACCAUUCGCAGCGCCUCUGGCCUGGGCUAUGCCCAAAUGGGCGGAACGUGUGCGACAAAACUUCGGGUCGUCGACUUCUCAGAAAAGUCUGGGAGAACGAUCACCGACAUAUGUUCGAAUCAGAAGGAUGGUUUUCCGAUAAAAUUUACCUCGUCAUCUCGAAAGCUGGAUAUUAUUUUUGUUCAAGAUGAACGUGGGUGUGGUUAUAAUGGACCGUUUGAUAUGGAUGUCAACUACCAGGCAACGUACGCGUUUGUAGCGAAGGAAAACGUAGAAGAAAAUGGAUCUGGCCACGAGGACCUACUUAUGAUACCUCCUUAGAGAUGAAACUGACAAACGAUCGGUGAAUUUAUUUCCAAAUUAGAUUUGUCAAAAUGCCGAGGCGAUUUGUGAUCGUCUUGAUCACGUUUUUUCUGUAGUACUAUUCUAAGUUGGGUUUAGUUUUUUUGUUGGUUUUGGUAUUUACCCUGUAUUACAUAAAACUCGUCGUUUCCUACCAUGUUUCUAUUGAGAACCCAUGGAUGUUUUUUUUUACACUAAUCAACAUUAUAAAUCCAUUGAUUGAAUGAUUAUGUGUAAUUGGGGACUAAUUGAUAAAAACAAUAUAUAUUUAAUUAUUUGUUAGUACGUAAUUAGUAGGUAAUUUUAGGUCUAGACCAUUAUAUAUAUUACAUUUGAAAAUUUGAAUGUCUAAUUUUAAUUUAAAGUUCUAUUUAUUUAUCUAACAUAUCUAAUGUAAAAUACCACACACAUAAACAGUACAUUGCAGUUUCUUCACCCAAUGCAUUGACAUAGGCCUACGUUUACAUUUAAUUAUCACAUUAUAUUUUCUUUAAUAUUGUCCUUAAACUUAAUAUCAGAUACUUCAGAUUAUAUAAUAAAAUAUAAAUGUGACAACGUA